CCUGUCGGGUUUCUCUCUCUCUCUCUCAAGACUUGAGAUCGAGUAAAAGAAAAACAAAAAAACAAAAAAACGAUUAUAACUCGACUAAAGGGCUCGAAAGUAAAAUAUUCUUUCCAAGUCUCUGUUCCUCGAAGAAGUAACGUGGGAUCGAUCGAUACGGCCAUUUUGCACGGCAACCGACAUCUUCAUCGGCCGCCAUCAUCAACCUUCAGGAGGAAGAACACCUCUUUCAACGAAAGAGAAAGAGAAAGAGGGAAAGAGAGAGAGAGGGAGGGAGGAAGUGAGAAGAAAAAGAUUUCAUCAAUAAAUCUAAACGAUAUAUCUUGAUCGUUAAUAUUAUCUACGAACGAUCGUGUCCAGUGUUGUCGUAAUAUAAUCAAGUUGGAUUACCGAUUACGUGUUAAAGGGGAAAGAAAGAAAAGGAACGAAAAUAAAUAAUAACACAGAGGAGAAGAAAUUAAAAAGUGUGAUUUGGUAUCGUUUGGUAGAGACGACGAACUCUUCUUAUAGUUAGUUUUAUCGAUCGUUUGACUCUACGGCCAUAUUACUUUCUCUCUCUCUCUCUCUCUUUCUCUCUCUCUCUCUCUUUUUCUAUAUAUACAUAUACACAUAGAUAUACCUCGAAAAGGGUACGUGCAGUAGCGUCGUGGGUGAAUUAUCGUAAAUACCCCAAAGUUAUACAAAUUGAAGAACAAGUAUUGACAAAAAGAAAAACUAGAGAAAGAGGAGGUGUCUAAGUAGGAUCCAAGGAAUUCGUUUAGGAUAUUUGUGUGAAAGGAUCGACCAGGAAAAAGGAAAAAAAGAAAAAGAGUUAAAGGAAGAGUAAGAAGAAGAAAAGGAAGAAGUGGUGGUGGUGGAGGCGGAGGAGCAAGUGGUGGUAGUGGUCGUGUCCUUCCGGUAGAAGGAAGAAGUCAGCAGGCUGGGAGGUCGGCUGAGCGAGGCGGUGGGUCCCGUCGUGGAGGAGGCCAUCGAGCCAGGGGAUGCAACCCCGCUGACGGGACCCUCGAGGGAGUCCUGGAUUCCUCGAGCACCCCCGCCCCCUCCGCCACGCGUUACGACACAAAGUCCACCGAGACCUCCGCCCACUACCAUUACAACAACAACUACUACUUCUACUGCUAUUAAUACUAAUACUAAUAUUAAUACUGAGUCCGAAGAAUCGCGAACUAACUCGGUGGCCCAAAAUCCAGAAACCCAACGUAAUUCGAAUCCUGCUGGACAACAACAGCAUAAUCCACACAACAAUCCGGGUGAUCACUCGGGCAAUCCAGGUGAUACCAGUGAGGAAACGAGUAAUCCCGGUAGUAACACUCAUCAAACUGCCCAGACCACUCAAACUCACCCCCAACAAGCUCAAACACAACAACAACAGCAACAACAACAACAACAACAGCAACAACAACAACAGCAGCAGCAGCAGCAGCAGCAGCAAGAACAACGAUCAACCAUGGGUACUGUUUUGUCAUUCAGUCCUAGGGAUCGGCGUGGCACCGUUUAUCCACCAACGGGUCAUCAACAUCCUAGCGAUUUUACGCUCAACAAUUUCAAUUACGAGCAAUUGAAUAAUGCGAAAAAUCGGGAGAACAAAAGUGCCGUUGCUACGGUAGCACCGGCACCACCUACGAGUCAUCCACCAUCGAACAAUAAUUCAUUGCAAAAUAAUAAUAUUAAUCUUAACAAUAACGACAAUGCAAGAAUAAUAUCGGAAAAGAAUGCAUUGGAAAAGAAUUUGAAGAAACAUUCGUUGUUCAUUAAUGCGUUAUCGUGGAAACGAUUCAGUACGGCAAACAAUAAUAAGAAAAAACUCGAUAACAAAAACAAAAAUAUCGCUUUUAGACAACCACUCGAUAACAUUCCCAUUGUCGAUAAGAACAAAAAUAUACAAACACCUCAGACAAAAGCACCAGCGUCUAACAACAACCAUACAACGCACAAUCCAACGUGCGAAAAAUUGGUACAGAAACCAUUGCCACCUGGACCAAGGAAAACCGUCAUCCAAGCGUCCACGUCAGAACUGCUAAAGUGCCUCGGCAUUUUCUUACGCAGGAAAUGCACGCGAUUAAGGGACUUCCAAGCUGGCGAUGCAGUAAUGUGGCUUAGAACAGUCGAUAGGAGUCUCCUGCUUCAGGGUUGGCAGGAUGUCACAUUCAUCAACCCAGCCAACGUAGUAUUCGUGUAUAUGCUUGUAAAAGAAUUAGUCGAUGGUGAAGAAGCUUCCGAGAGGGAACUUCAAGCAACCGUGCUAACGUGCCUCUAUUUGAGCUACAGUUACAUGGGCAAUGAGAUUAGUUAUCCUUUGAAGCCAUUCCUCGUUGAGGAUAGCAAGGAUAAAUUUUGGGAUAGGUGUCUGUUGAUCGUCAAUCGAUUGAGCUCUGAAAUGUUAAGAAUCAACAGCGAGCCUAAUUUCUUCACCGAAAUUUUCGCCGAACUGAAGGCUUGCGGAACAGACGAGCGUGGUAGCCUAUCUGGAAGUGGCCUCGAACGGAGUCUCGUCGUCUCCGGAGUCGCGGUACCCACCAAGGCGGCUUGACGGAGCUACACACAUCUGCGGGUGCGCAUCUACCCAUACGGUUGCGACGUUACGACGCUCUGACGACGGUCGUCACGACGACGAGGAGCUGCGAUCGCAGCUUGACCCCUCUGCAUCGACCUCGGCCUCGACCUCGACGUCGACGUUGCAACGCCAUCAAGAUUCUCAACAGCAACUCCAACUACCGCAACAACCACACCACCACCAGCAGCAACAACAAAAG